ACCCAUUCAUGAACAUGGAAACGGCCUGCGUAUUAAGAACUACAUUUCUCUUCCCCACUGUGUCAGUACUGCCACCUAAGGAACGAAAUCGGCGCCUCUAGUGUCAAGAUUGACGACCUUCACCUUCAUUUACAUGCAGCGGCUCGCUGUUGGCCGCCGGUUGUUGAAUGUGUUCCGGUACUGCUCAUUCCUCGAUUUUACCACUGUUUAUUCCGUAAUCGCUGCCCCAUUCGUUGUUGGAGUAUCCGCAAACGCCUGCCUGGAAGUUCUUUUUGAUAUUUCAAGGGAAAGUUGACAUUGCGAUAGAGGUCUAUACAAGACUAGGCUAGGCCUUAGUCUACAUUCAACAUUGACACAGCCGUGUAUAUAUGUACAAUGAUAACAAUGUCAUUCUUGCUGUUAAUUUCUUCAAAUUGAAUGAAAAUCACAAAUUGUUAUGGCAGCCCAGUUCGGUGAUGAGCCAAAACAGUUCGAUGCACAUGAUGCAGAUAGGCCUCAAGACAGUCCUAGUGUCUUGGUGGCACCACUGCCGCUACCACGCACCCCAAGUCCAGUCGAUUCAGAACCAGAGGGAUUGGCAGUGGGGGAUACCCCUCCAAAGCCUUUGAGAUUGGAACUAAGGAAUAGCAGCUCAUGGAAGGGUACAGAUGCUGAAAACAUUGGUAUAUAUUACCAUGGUCCAAUGGAUCGUGAGGAAUGGCAAGCAAUACUGAAGCAGAAGAUCAUGUUGACUGGUUAUUGGGCCGAGUUUUAUGAUGAUACUUGGCAGUCGGUGGUCAAAACGUACUGCGACUUGAUGGAUGACGCGUACUGUCAUGAACAUUCAUCUGUUGAGCAAAUACUUGCGAUUUUGGCAAGUAAACCACCUAAACAUCAACUCGUCCCGGGUUCAGACUCAGUCACAACAAAGACAACUGCAUUGCCGGAUGAAGAAGAGGAUGAUGAUGGUGAUGAUGAUGAUGAAGGGGAUGUCGAUGGUGGCAGUAGACCUUACUACAGAAUAGCAAAAAAGAUGAAAACAGAACCGGACUCAGACAUCAAUCUUGACAAAGAGAAGACGGCCUUAAUCAAGAAACAGUGUGAUGCACUGACGAAGUCCAUUUCCAAACUGACCAUGAAAAAGGCACACGUCGAAAAACAUAAAGUAGAUAUUAUUUCACGUAUCAUGCAGUUUCUGGAUGAUUUUGGAACAAUUUUGGCAUUUUGGCUUAAAAAUGGUAUCGCCGCUACUGAGGCAGCGUACGAACGUGUUUUCCAAACCUUUGCCGCUGUGUUCAAGAUACCAUUCAGCGCAGGCCGUGUGUUUGGUGUACGUUCAGUAACUUUAUUUGGAACAGAGGUGACAUGUGUACCAGAUCUUCUUUAUACUGAGUCCUCCUAUGAUGAGAACUCGAGUAACUAUGUAGUAACAAUCGCAGAGGUGAAACUGGCUUGCAAACACAAAGAAGAAACUCCUGAUGGCAAAUUGAUACGUCCUACUACUGUCACUGCCACUGCUGCUUCCAAGGCUGCCUCAUCACAUCAACUUCUGCCAACACCCACUGCUUCAACUUACAUUCCCCUUCCUGAUGGUUUAAAAGGUCAGCAUGCUACACAGCUACUCCUUGAUUUGCCUGCUGCCCUACCAGGGCCUGAUGAAGCGAAGAAGUGCAUGUUAGGAUUGAUUGUGCAGGCCACCAAGGUUCGUCUGACUUAUUUUGAGAUCCACUCUGAACAUCUUCACAUACUUCAACAACCAAAGCCAACACAUCUGAGGGGUCACACGUCUUUCAUCCGUUACUCUGAAGCCUACGAUAUGUUUGUCAAAGAGGACAGGAAGGAGUUGGUACACAUGAUGCUAGGUUUGGCUGCCAUUGGAAAGGAUUGUAUGAAUACACCCUUUUUGAAACAUUUGGUUUGAGAUUGAAAAUGAUGCUGGCCCAACAGGGUUAAUGCUUUUUUAAAGCUCAAAUAAAAAAACUAUUUUUAUGAUUACUUCUGACCCAAAUUAAAUAACCAGUCAUUGUUUUCUGAUGACAUAGGUUUUAUAUGGUUAAUCUAUUAAUGGUGUUAUGUGUAUGCAACAAAUAGUAGAAUUAUCAGGCAAAAACAUAAAAAAGUUUGUGUGUAAUCACAGAGUGAUAUUGACAACACAGACAGCAUCCUCUGUGACACUGCACAUAAAGUGCAAGUAACAACACGAUUUAGGUUUUUAGCUCACCUCUUAGCAGAGGUGAGCUUAUCCCAUACCGUGGCGUCCGUCGUCCGUCGUCGUCGUCGUCGUCGUCGUCGUCGUCGUCCGUCGUCCGUUAGCAGGGCACGUUUCGUAACUGUUAGAGCUAUUGAGUUGAAACUUGGUACACAUGUACCCUUAUGUAAUGACACCUGGGAGACCAAGUUUCGGUCCGAUUCGUUUCAUGGUUUGGCCACCAGGGGGCCAAACGUUAAAAGUGAAAAUAUGCAAUAUCUCCCUUAAUAGUAGUCGGGAAAUUUUGAAAAAAAUAUGGUAGGUACUUCUAGCAAAGGUGCAUCAUAUAUCC